AUGAGUCUUCGUCUGCCUCUCCGGGGUAAGGGUAAAUUAGCCACCAUCAUCAGGGCAUACGCUUCAACGACGAGCAACCCAGACGCCGCCGCAAGAGACCAAUUCUACGAGGACCUGCACGCACUCCUGGCCACUAUGUCGAAGGCGGACAAGUUGAUUGUCCUUGGUGACUUCAACGACCGCGUCUGGAUAGGAGUGCUGGUUGCCCAUGGUCUCCGCGGCUCCAACCACAAUGGUCUACUGCUGCUACGCACCUGCGCAGAACACCGCCUCAUCCUGACGAACACCAUCUUCUGUUCGCCGGAACUAGAGAAGGCCACCUGGAGCCAUCCUCGGUCGCGUCAAAUGCAUCUGCUGGACUAUGUCCUCGUCCGAAGGCGUGACCAGCGGGACGUGCUGGUGACAAAGGCGAUCGCGGGUGCUGAUGGGUGGACCGACCAUCGCCUCGUCAUCUCGAAGAUGCGUAUUCGUCUACAGCCUCGCAGGAGACCUCAAGGUAAGCGACCUCCCCCCCGGGUAAGCUGAAUGUUGCCUUGCUGUCUUUACCCGCUAAUCAUCUUCAUUUCAGCAAUGAGUUAGCUCAACGGCUAGACAACCUUCCAAUCGCUGCCGCCGCCGCUGCUGCCGAGAACGCCUCCGUGGAGAACCGCUGGUGUCAACUGCGAGACACGGUCCAGUCGACGGCGCUCGUCGUCCUCGGUCGCACUACCCGUCAACACCAGGACUGGUUUGAAGACAAGGAUGUCGCCAUCAGAAAACUGCUGGCUGAGAAGAACCGCCUGCACAAAGCAUACGUAGAUCACCCCACUGAGGACAACAAAGCUGCCUUCUACCGCAGUCGCCGCCACCUACAACAACGACUGUGCGAGAUGCAUUACGCCUGGACUGCUCGCAAAGCUGAGCAGAUCCAAGGCAACGCGGACCGCAACGAAUGGAAUAACUCCUUCUCUGCGAUCAAGGCUGUCUACGGUCCGCCGACGAAGGGCACUGCUCCUCUCCUCAGCGCUGACGGCAACACACUCCUGACAGAGAAUACGCAAAUCCUACAGCGAUGGGCCGAGCAUUUCCGAGGCGUCCUCAACUGUCCCUCCGCCAUCUCUGACGCCGCCAUCGAGCGUUUGCCGCAAGUGGAGGUCAACGCGGACCCCGACGUUCCGCCAUCUCUCCAGGAAAUCAACAGGGCCGUGCAGCUGCUCUCCAGCGGGAAAGCACCCGGAUCGGACGCAAUCCCUGCUGAGGUCUACAAGCACGGAGGUCCCCAACUGAACUUUCACUAGACUGCGCUUUUCCAGGAGAUGUGGCGUCAAAUGGUGCGUCAGCUGCACGACGGUAUGAUGGCGCGUGUAACGGGCAACGGAGCUGUCUCAGAGGCAGUCGCAGUGACCAACGGAGUGAAACAGGGAUGCGAGCUGGCGCCUACCCUCUUCAGUCUUAUGUUCUCUGCCAUGCUGAUGGACGCCUACUACGACGAACGCCCCGGGAUCCGCAUCGCCUACAGGAGGGACGGUCACCUGCUGAAUCAACGGCGGAUGCACUUCCAAUUGCGCGUAUCCACAACCACCGUGCACGAACUCCUCUUCGCCGACGACUGCGCCCAGAACACCAUCUCGGAAGAGUAG